GCCAUCUCUCUCAAUCAGAAACACAAGGAGAAGCGGAGGAAGGAAGCAGACUAGUCGGCUCUUCUGUGUAUCUUGGCUGCACAUGCACAGCCCUAGCUGAAACUGUGCUUUGCUCGAGAACAGUCUUCAUGGCUUUACCUGAUACUGCACGUGGAUUACCAAAUGGUGGAGGUGGCGGUGGAGGUUGUACAGAAAACAAAACUUCUGAUCCUCUGUUCCCAGAGAUUGUGGAACUAAAUGUUGGGGGACAAGUUUAUGUGACCCGUCACACUACUCUUGUAUCAGUACCUGAUUCCCUGCUAUGGCGAAUGUUUUCUCAGCAGAAACCAGGAGAACUGGCCCGGGACAGUAAAGGCCGUUUUUUCUUAGACCGGGAUGGUUUCUUAUUUCGUUAUGUGCUGGAUUACCUACGAGACCUGCAGCUGGUCCUACCUGACUACUUUCCUGAGAGAAGCCGUUUACAGAGAGAAGCAGAGCACUUUCAGCUACCUGAACUGGUGAAGCGUUUAAAUCCUCUGCGAGUCAGUAAAGAGAGCUCUAUUGGGGGUGAAGAACCACCUUUACUUCUAACCCCUGCAGCUAUACACGAUCCUGACUCAGACACAGCUGUUAUCCCUGCCUCAACAUCUCCAGCAGCUGGGGUUCCAUCCCCAACAUUAGAUCCAUAUCGAUUCAAUGCCUCCUCGUCCUGCAGCCCAGCCUCAGUUCCACGCCUCACACCUUCUCAGUCUUUGGAAGGAAGAAGAAAUGGGUACAUAACAGUUGGCUAUAGGGGGUCUUAUACUAUAGGACGGGAGGCUCAAGCAGAUGCCAAGUUUCGGAGGGUAGCUCGCAUCACAGUCUGUGGCAAAACUUCCUUGGCCAAGGAAGUUUUUGGAGAGACAUUAAAUGAGAGUCGAGAUCCUGAUAGGCCACCUGAGAGGUACACUUCCAGGUAUUACCUCAAGUUCAACUUCCUGGAACAAGCCUUUGACAAGCUGUCUGAAGCUGGCUUCCACAUGGUGGCAUGUAGUUCCACUGGAACAUGUGCCUUUGCCAGCAAUGACCAGAGUGAGGAUAAAGUCUGGACAAGCUACACCGAGUAUGUCUUCUGCAGGGACUAAAACAUUGUCAUAGACUGAGAAAUGGAAAGAAAAAGUGUCACACCUAUUUAAUCUCCUGAUCCCAAAAAGAAGGUAUUUCUUCCUCAUAUAAAGACAACAGCAAAAGUGAACUGCAAUAUUGUCAUUUUUAAUUCCUACAUGUAGGUUUCUUAUGAACAGAGAGAACAUUUGGUAACUGUAUAAUGCAACAGAUUGCAACAGCUCUGGCUUAGGUAUGUUUCUAAUACUCUGUGUUAUACCACCCCUGCUAUAGAACUUUGCCAUUCCUUUAUUAAUGUUGUUUACCUGCUACUAAACAGCUUUUACCAACUUCCUUUUAGUAAUGGACUGUGCAUUCGACGCCAAAUAACCCAUGUGAUCAGAUUAUUUUUCAGUUAUGGGAAGUAUACAAAAAAUGCUACUGCUUAACAUCAUUUAAAAUGUUUUUGACUGAUAUGCAGAAACACAUAUUUCUUUACCAAUAUACCCUCAAGCAUAAAUAUAUAUACUUUACUGUAGGUACAAAUUAAAAUGAGAAGGGUAAAAGAACAUUUCAGGUUAUCUUUGUAUCCCCUGUUAUGCUCAGUCUCUUUUAAAAUGUACUUUUUAUUUGAUACUAUUCAAGGCAAAUCAGCUAGCAAGAUGAUCUUUAUGUUAUAUGGUCAUUUUAACAGUGGUUUCUGCUUCUUACAGAAAGGAAAUUAAUUAAAUCUUAAUUCAAGCUUUUUAUUCUUCCUAAAGAACAAAAACAUUUUUACGGCUUCUGUUUGGCAAGACACUGCCUUCCUUUCAUUUUAAUGUUUUGGUUGUGGUUCAUUAUGAUGAAUUCAUACAUCAGCAUAUUUUUGAGAGCCCCACAGAUGAGAACUGUGCAACCACAGAGUUCAUUGGAAGUGCUGUAAAUAGGCUUGAUGUGUAUCAUGCCGAGUGUAUAAUGUGGAGCUGGUUAGAGCUGGCUCCUGUUUCAAUAAUAGAUAAUAACAUAUUUCCUCUUCUACUGCAUUUUUUAUGCUCUAUUCAUCUGAAAGUAAUUAGAACAUAAUUAAAAAGGGUAAGGGAAAUUGUGGAGAACACCAUCCAGCAAUACUAUUUGCAUAAACCCCCCAAAAACAAAUAGCACUAUGAUAAUAUGGUGAAAUAUACCAAACUAGAUAUUUCUCUCUGAUGAACAAAAUGCUAUUUUUUUGCAUUAGCUUUGCCAUGGUUAAGGUCCUAAGGGAACCUGGUAACAGCAGGAAGCCAAUGUUGUCCUGUCACAAUAUAUUGCCAUAUAGUGUGUGUGUGACUUCUCCUGAUUUACAAUACUCUUUUCAUACAGUAUGACAGGAGACUAGUCACAAUUAAUAAGAGAUGUGGGAAAUAUUAAUAGCAUUAGACAGAAGAUUGAUUUUCUUUAAAUGUGUAUUUAUUUGACCUUAACUGAAAUGACCUACUGUUUGAGUAGAAUGUAUGCCCAGGAGCAGCACAGUUAACAUCUCUAAUGCUCACAUGACAUCUGUAACGUACAAGCUGUAUCUCUAGUUUAAUGCCUAAAGCCAGGCCUUGGUUACACUUUGUCAUAAGCACUGAAAUAAUCAAUAGUCUGUGUUGUCUGAAAACAAAUAGAGUUUGUAAACAUUCAUUGUCAUCAUUCACCAGUAUCCUAUAUUUCCUGGCACAUAAACAUUAAAUAAAGAGAGCUAAAACCCCUUUUUUAAUGAUUAAGACAAUUCAGGCAAUUGUGGCUUUACCAAAGACUGCUUUAGCAUGGAGAUAAUGAAAGUCUAUUUUUCUUGCAAUAAAAGAGUACUCUGUCCAGAUAUGUUUGCCUCAGACAUGUUGUCCACCCUAUACUUUAUUAGUUGAGGUAACUGCAUUGAAAAGCUGAUGUCUUUUUAUCAUCCUAUAUAACCUUGUUUUAUGUUAUUGUUGUUGUUAUGUGAUCUCUCUUUUCUUCUCACAAGAAUCUGAAUCUGAAGACAGCAAAAAAUAUUUUUAUUUUCUUUUUUCUAUCAUAUUAAACUGUUCAUAGAAGCAAUAAGAAAAUAGCAAACAUCUUCAGCAACAGAAGUCCAGAUAAACAAAACUUAACCAGUUGUUUUUGUAGCCUUUGUACACUAAGCAAUGUGUUCUUUUGGAAGAGGGUGAGGAUUUCAUGAUAAUAGAACUGUUGCAUUUAUAUGUUUGCACUAUAUACAAUGUAUAUCAUAUUCUGCAGCCAUUUCAUUAAACUUAUCCUUAAAAAAACAACCAAACUUGGAAAUCAUAAGUUAUGUUUACCCAUUGCUUUAACUUAUUGAUUGUCAGACCUUAUGAUGGCUGUUGCCAUUGUUUCCUGCUUCAGUAUAAUGUUUUGUAUGUCUCUGCAUUUGUUUCAUUUAUAUAAGAAUGUUAUUAUCAACUAUAGUGCAACACUUUGCUUAGUCUGUUCACUGCUAGCUUAUGGACUCCGGGUGUGUGUAGUAUUGGAAUGGACAACCUAGCUAAUAUAAUUAUUUUUCAUUGUUUUAUUAUAACAUGGAUCUUCAACAUGUUGGGGAAUUCUGUGAGCUGGACAAUAGAAGAUAGAGAGCUGCAGGUUGAAGAUUCCUGUUCCGUAAUGUAAUUAUCUGGUUCUAUUGAUUGCAAUACGCCCAGAAUGGAAAUGGAACUAGCCAUUAUCAGGGGUUAUGAAUUUAACCCAUCCUUUGUACUGUAGAGACCUUUGUACUGUAGAGACCUCCACUCUACAUGUACAUGUAUAUAAUAUAACAUCUAACAAAAACCAGUUUUGUUAUUAUUAGCAUCCUGAAGACUAGACUAUAUAGCUAAAAAAAAUAUGAUGUGCAAAAUAUAAACACUGAAAUAUAUCAAUAACGUUCUUUAGAAGCUUCCGGCUUUAUGUGGUCUAAUGUACCAUAUCCAAAGCAGUCAGUGGUAGAAUGCUGUACUACGUAACUCUUCUCGUGCAUACCAAUCGACCGUGAUGUUCUUUAAUUAUAUCGACAAGACAUAAUCUAAACUCUUCAUGGUGGCUUUGUUAUGUUUCCAAUUACAGACAUAAUAAAAAUACCACAACUAAUAUGUUUCCUGUCCUGUUUCUAAUUUUAAUAAAAAUAUCAUUGUUUAGUAAA